UCAGAAGGUGCUUAGCAUAAGAAGAGGAAAAGCUAGCAUGGCAGCAGACAGCAACAUGGCUCCUGAAGAGAAACUGAGCACUACUCCUUCUACAAAAAGGGCUGUCCACAAGAUCAGAAUGGCCAGCCUAGUCGUCAGCUUGGCACGAGGGUGGCAACAGUGGGCAUCUGACCACCAUGUAAAGCAAGCCCAAGAGCCCUCUGGAUGGGUACCCCCUGAAGAAGGCUCAUCAACUCAGCCUGUGCAAGAAAGAUCCUUUGAAAAAUGGCAAAUUCAGUCUAUCAAAAAGGACCAAGGAAAAGAUGAUGAAAAAUCCUCAGCAGAAGAAUCAGUGACAAUAAGAGAUGCUGAAAAAAAUUCAAGGGAAUCAGAUGAAGCCCUCAAAAAGUUCAACAUUAAAAGCAAAGAAGUGACCAAAACAGUUGUAAGCAAAGCCUACGAACGGGGAGGUGAUGUUAGCCUCCUCAGUGAAAGAUACGAGAAUAACAAUAGUAGCUCAGAGAUGACCAAGCUCAAAGAAGAAUCAAGUGCAAUUGACAAAAUUUUGAGUGGUAAAUUAUCUCCAACCAUAAGGAGAAAGUGUUCAAAUGUGGUAUCAGAGCUGACCAAGGGCUGGAAACAGAUAGAACAAGAGGACAAGGAGGGGGCUAAGGAAGAGCUGCUGCUUAAGUGUCACGAUGACAGCCUGGAUGCAGAGGACAGUGGCUAUGGGGAAGCAGAGGACAAACUCGAGCAAGAAGACAGUGACAGAGAGGUGACGGCUGUGAGGAUUAAACGACCUGUACCAUCUUUCGCAAGCAGGUUCAGCGAAGAAGCCAGCACCAAAGCCCACAGGAAAUACAGCCCCGUUAACAGCCUGAAGGACAGAUGGCAAGAAUGGGCCGACCACCACAUCAUAACACAGAAGCUGAAUCCCUUCAGCGAGGAAUUUGACCAUGAGCUGGCCAUGUCCACGCGCCUGCACAAGGGAGAUGAAGGCUAUGGUCGUCCCAAAGAAGGAACCAAAACUGCCGAAAGAGCCAAGAGAGCCGAGGCCCACAUCCACCGGGAGAUCAGGGACAUGUGCUUCAUCAUUGAAUCAAUGGCUAAGCCACGGCCCGACGGCAAGAUCCAGGUCACUUUUGGGGAACUCUUCGACAGAUACGUUCGUAUUUCAGAUAAGGUUGUUGGGAUUCUCAUGAGAGCCAGGAAACACGGGCUGGUGGACUUCGAGGGAGAAAUGUUGUGGCAAGGAAGGGAUGAUAACGUCAUAAUUACUUUAUUAAAGUAAGCAUGCUACAACAAGAGCAACUUGUUUUGGAAAACUUUUCUCCACUUACCUCCCUUGCUACUAGCAUUUGCACACUUUGAAUACAAGAUUCUCCCUGUUCACCCACACAGAAAAGACACUGAACAUUUUUCUGAAUGCACAUUUUAUAAAUACUGCAUGAUGAUGUAAGCAACCAAAUGGAUUUUUCUCUACACCAGGAGGAUUUACAGGACACCAGUUAAAUACUACCUGAAAAAUAAAGAGAAAAAUCUAUAUUGAAUAUAAGGAGCUGACUAUAAAAACCUGUAGCAAUAUAAAUAGCUACAAAUGAAUUCCAAUCUUUACUUGUUCUUACAGUCAAGAUCUUCCCAACUGUUUUAAACUGGGAUAUCAGGAAUCUAAAUCAUGCCAGAUCAGAAAGCUGAAUGACGAUAUAAACUCAGACCAAGCUUCUGAUCUGUGAAAGUGAUCUUGUGUGUCUAUUUCCUAAUUAAUUUAUUUAAAUGCAUGUAAAAAUAGUUUUAUUUGAACACAGAAUCAAGGACACCACUUUUUUUUUUUUCCUUCACAAACUGGAUAUGCACCUACUACUCCAGUACUAUGUUGUGGCAACUAUUGACACAACUUUCUCUUACAUAUCAUGUAUACAAACUGAGACAAAAUGCUUUUUAUAAAUGAGGUUUUAUAUUGAGUGUAUUUAUAUAACUAAUUUAUUAGAUAGUUUCAUAUUUAGACUUAUGGAUUUUGGAGAGAAAACACCCAAAAGAAUGUAAUGCAUAAAAAUGUUUUGAAUAGAUAUCCACAUAGAAAAUACCUCCUAUACAAUGUUGUGCAAUAUAUCAUCUGUUUAUCUAUGUAAAUUUGGUUCAUAGAGGGGAAAAUAAUAUGUAACAUAAAAACCAGCCAGGUACUUGUACUAUUGCGUAUAGUAAAAAAGCGGCUACAAUCAGCAUCUUUCUCUGUGUACCUCUGUGAAAAAAGAUACAGAAACAGUGUUCAUAACUAAAAUCAACUUUAAGGAAAAUGGUGUUUCACAUUACAUAGAAACACUGGCCUAAUUUUACAGCAUUUGCCAUUUGAACCAUUCUGAUAUAACCUAUUUCAGGCGUGAUGCUGAAGAGGACUAAAUGCUAAUGAACUAAUACUUCUAGGUCUUAAAACUUUGUAUUAAUGUACAAACCUGAGACCUCUGUAAGGUCUAUAAUGCUCGAUUGUACAGAUCACUGUUUCUCUAAACUACUACUGUAAAAAUAGCUAUCCUGGAAAAACGUGUUCCAUGUGAAAAGCAUUUGUUUUGGAGCAAGAUGCCUGGGCAAGUAAUUUGCAUAAUGAAAAAGAAACAGUUUAAUUCCCUGUAAGAUUCUUUCCAACGGAAAGAACAAAUAUCUUCUUACAGAAGAAGAGCUGUAUGAACAUCUUGUCUCUGUGAUAAAACAAGUAUUGCUGUCUUAUUAUGAGUACAUGUACUCCAGUUUGAAGCUCCAAUGAACACAUAAAUCAAAUAUUUUGUAAGUUAGUGAUACAAAACCUGAUUAUUAUGUCUACUGCAAUCUAUGUGAAUUACUAAUAUUUUAGGCACAGUUAUAUGUUGUGAAUCUAAGGAAGAAAAAAAAAUAUAAGAUGGAUUCAGUGGAACUUAUUUAAUGACAUUUUCUUGAGAUGUCUCUGACUACUCUAGUUGACCUGCAACACUGACCUCUAAGCGUAAUAUUUACAUAUCGGAAUAUUUAACUGUAUAUUCUUACCUUAUUCUUUACAUCUUUAUAUAAUGACUUUUACAGGUGUCUACAUUGUCUUGAGGAAAUUUCGUUGUCAAAAGAAU